AUGAAAGCAUUGAGCAAGGGCUAUAAUAUAGUUGGUCUCUCCCAGGGCAACUUAAUUGGUCGAGGUGUGGUAGAGUUUUGUGAUGGUGGACCUCCUGUUAAGAAUUUCAUUUCUUUAGGGGGACCACAUGCUGGCACUGCCUCUGUUCCUCUUUGUGGGUCUGGCAUUUUUUGCAUACUUGCAGAUGACCUAAUUAAGUCUGAGAUCUAUAGUGACUAUGUCCAGGCUCACCUGGCUCCCAGUGGCUAUCUUAAAUUUCCUAAUGAUAUUCCACACUACUUAGAGAAAUGUAGGUUUCUUCCAAAGCUUAACAAUGAAAUUCCUGAGAAAAGGAACACAACUUACAAGGAAAGAUUCAGUAGCUUACAUAAUUUGGUGCUUAUCAUGUCCGAAAAUGACAAGGUAUUGAUACCUAAGGAGACCUCUUGGUUCGGAUACUAUCCAGAUGGGGCUUUCAAGCCAAUUGUCCCCGUACGUCAGACAAAGCUUUACACUGAGGACUGGAUUGGUCUUAAGGCCUUAGACGAGGCAGGAAGAGUUCAUUUUGUAAAUGUAUCAGGAGGUCAUCUUGGAAUCUCUAAGAGUGAUCUGAAAAGGAUUAUUGUGCCUUUUUUGGUGGACGAAGCUUCAGUAAAAAGUAUAGUAAUGCCAGGGUGCUUGGACUUCCACGCACAGUCACACAAAAUCACCAUAGGAAACAAGUAG